AUGUUUACUGCAAAGAUAGAUAACAAGAAACAUAAAUUAAUAUGGUCGAAAUCAAUAACAUCACUAAGUUUAAUAUCAGAAGCAAUUACUUUUCAUAUUACUCAUGAUAAAUUAUCAUUAUCUGCUUUAAAUUCAUCAAAGACAAGUCAUGGUGAAAUCAUUUUCAAAAAAUCAUUCUUUUCUGAAUAUUCAAUCAAUUUUAAUAAUAUAAUAUCAGAAGGUUUCCAUAAUGAUUCUUAUUCAUUUAUAAUUAAUUCAAAACAUUUAGCUACUUUGUUCAAAAAUCUCGAAUCACAUUUAGAUUAUAUUAUAUUGAAAUGUAAUUGGUCAGUUACUGUCCCUUCAAAUCAUAAAUAUAAACUCUUUAUAGAAAUCAAGACUAAAAAACAAAUUAUUAAAAAAUUUCAAACUAGUUACAUACCUGUUCUCAAAUCAGAUAUUAAAAUUUCAAAAACUUAUAAAAAUGAAUUAGAAAAACAAACUAAUGAUUUAUUAGAUCCAAAUAGGAUAAAUCACAUCAUGAUUGAUCAAAUUAUCCCAAAACAAUUUUUAGAAAUGGUUCCUACAUCAGCUGAAGAUUUUAAAAUUGAGAUUAAAAAUGAUAAAAUUUCAUUUGGAGGAUAUACUAAACAAAUUAUAAAAGAUCGAGAUUAUUUAAAACUACCAAUGGCCGUGACUGUUACUCUUGCACUUGAAGAAUUAACAGACUCAAAUCUAACAUCAGAAUCAAGUGAAUCUACAUUUCAUAAAUUGAUUAAUUUUGGAAUGAAAGAGUUCAAGAAUUUUUUAGGACUCAUAAACUUUAUUAAUUCUGGUAAUCAUUAUUCGGAACAAUUUGAUGAGGAAUAUAUUUCAAUUGGGAAUACGAAUGAUUAUUUUCAUAUAUAUUUUAGAAAUAGUGGAGAUCCUAUACUUUUCGAACCACAAAAUAAUCCAAAUUUAGAAAUUCAGUAUAUUCAAAUCACAUCAGAAGAUAAAAGUAUAACAGGUGGUGAAGAAGUAAAAUUAGAUACAUUAAAGAGAAGCUUGUCAAUGUCUGCACCAGUAAUACAACAAAUUCAAAAAGAGAAAGAAAAAGACGAAACACAAGAAGAAAAAGAAGAUGUACAAUUUCCAAGUCAUUCAUUAUCUAGAAGCACGUUUGGUAGAUUGACUAAAAAUUCAAAUAUAUUAAAUAGAGAUCAAAUGAAAAGUUCUGAAAAAUUGGAAAAUAUUUUGGAAAGUUUUGAUAAUGGAAUUACUUAUGAACAAGAUAUACAAAUACAAGAACCAGAAUCUAAAGGUAAUGCAGACACUGAUUAUAGAGAUACAGAUGAUGAAAUUCCACAUAUAAAGAGAAAAUUAAUUGAUGAUGAUGGGUUAGGUCCUACUCAAAUUGAUAAUAAAGCAAAAUCAAUAUUUUGA